AGGCAACAGGAGCAAACAACAAUAUUUCUCUCAUCCCUCAUCACUCGCUUACUUCGUCUUGCACGUUUCUUUUCAAUUACGAUGUUGCUUCGGAGUUCCGUACGGUCGCUUGCGACCCGAAAGUCCCGAAAUCAAUCACAAUCCAACCGCAGUCGCGGCGCGGACACAAAUAAGAGUGUCAAGAUAGCGCCCAAAUCAAACCCUGGCAAGAAGAACGUCUCUUAUGACUACUCUUCGCCCGUAGUAAUAAUGCAGAGACCCGCCCCCGUGACAGAAUCGAAGAGCAAAUCUUCAGUCAAGAAAGAAGAGCCCGAGGAGGAAGCCAAAAAUGCCAGCUUUCAUAUUUGCAAACUUUGCAAGGAAAUGAUUUCGGGUUUGCAAGACUUCCAGAAGCACACACUGAAGAAAAAGUGCAGCAAGUGCAGAACUGUCCUUAGUUGUGAUGGAUUGGCAAGAAUCCACGAAGCCUAUCACCGCCGCCAUCCAGAGAAGCCAAAGCGAACUGCAGCAUCAAAGAAUUUGGUUGGCAGUAAAGUUUGUCAAUUUUGCAACCAUCCUUUCAACUCCGACAAGAAACACUUUGGCAGGAUCGAGUCGACCUGCAGCAACUGCCGGAAAAAAUUCGAGUGCGGAGGACUCUGCCUGCAACACAAAUCACAGUGCAACCUAGUGGAGUGCAAGAUUUGCAGCAAAACAUUUUUUUCGGAAAGUAGCCUGCAAAUUCACGCAAGACAGAGGCGCUGCCCAAAAUGCAUGUUUGCCAGCGAGUGCUUCGUACAAUUCGUACAGCAUCAGUGCUCCGAAGCAGAGAUGAAAGUGGAGCAGCCCAAAGAAGAGCCGAAAGUCUCCAAAGAAGAAGUGGACAUGGAAAAUUAUGUCGAGGAUGAGGAAAUAAGUGACCAUCAGAAGCCUCAAGUUGAAGCCCUUCUGCUCAAAAAGUGUCACUUUUGCUCCAUGCUCUGCACCACGGAGGACAUCUUUGCCAACCACGUCCAGUCGACCGAGUGUCCUCGCUGCGGAAUCGAACAGCCAUGCAAUGCCCUCUUGGCCCAGCACAUGGACACCUGCAGCGACGACCGAAGGUCUGAGAUUCGGUGCCCCGAGUGCAACAAGAAGAUGAAAUCAAGGCGCAAACUUGAGUCGCACAAGAGACGCCGCCACUGGCGCCCUCAACUCCUGGACAAGAGGAUUUUGGAGCUGCUGGAACAGCGAAGGGGUGGCGAAGUUCAAGGCCAAGUGUUCGGGGUGGUCGUCAAGAAUGACCCUGAUGAUGUUAUCACCAUUGAAUAGCUUGUGGAAAAAGAGGAAAACUUUACUUUUAAGCUGAUUUGAAAUAUUCAUACUUUAGUAAUUUAAUUUAAUGUUGUCUCAAAAUUUGAAUAAUUUAUUAUUGAUGAAAAAAAUGAUUUAAUGACUGGCAUUAUUUGUAUGUAUGUUGUAAUAUGAAAAGAGAUGAAAUAGCUGUUAAAAUUUGAUUUUUUUUUAAAUAAAUAGAAUUAAUAC